UAAAUAAUUAUUAAAUUAAUAAAAAAAUUUAUAAAUUAAGAAUUGAAUAUUAAAAUGAAAUUAGUUGUCUUUUUGCUUUUUGUUGCUUUGGUAGCUGCAAAUUCAAAUGACGAAGUUCCAUAAUGUGCUAAAGAUCUUGCUAAUAAUCUUUAAUCAGGUAAAGUCUGCAAAGAAGGUGAUACAGAUUGUAUCAAUGCUUUAAAAUCUUUAAAAACUUGUUUAGAUAAUUGUUAAGGUUAAUCUACUACCUAAUAAUAGGGUAUUUAAUGUGUUUAAUCUUAAUGCAAAAGUUCAAAUCCUACAGUUUAAAGCUUUGUAAAUGAUUUGAUAAAAUGUGCAAAUUAUAGUUUGAUUACUGUAUUUAGCAUGCUGUUUGCCUUAAUUUACAUAAUGAUCUGA